AUGUUGCGAGUGUUCAUUCUAUGUGCAGAACGCCUGCAAACGCCAGAUGACGACAUCAGCGACGCCUACUGCACCGUCUCGCACGAAGGGUCCAAGAAGAAGACCAAGGUCAUCAAGAACAAUCCCAAUCCGGUUUGGAAUGAGGGAUUUGAAUGGGAUCUGAAGGGGGUUCCUUUGGACCCGGGAGCCGAGCUUCACUGCGUCGUCAAGGACCAUGAAAAGAUGGGAAGGAACAGGUUUCUGGGUGAAAGUCGGCUUUCCGUUCGAGACGUUUUCAGCUCUCCUAGCUUGGCGGCUUGCUUCACUGUCCCUCUGCUGGACACCAAAAGGAACAACACAGGGGCAACGCUUACCGUCCAGGUUUCCUACAUCCCCCCUCCCGGAACAGUUCCUAUCUUCCAAUCCCCAUCGAUGCCGGAACCCCUGCCUCACAGCAACCCAAAUGUGGAGCUGGACACGGUUACAAUGAUCUCCCUGGACACUUUGGGCGAGGAGGACACUGAGAGCAUGAUUAUGGUUGAAGUCCCGGAGGAGCAGGGUGCAGAUGAUGGCCGCUCACUGGUGGUAGGCCCUCAGGGACCUCAGGGCCAAGAAUCGCCCGGCGCCCAGGUCCCGAAACGCUCCCCACCCUCUUACAACGCGCAUGGAGGGCUGAAGAGGAGGCGGCGAGGCACCAGCAGUCAACCCAAACCACUGCCUAACAAGCCUCAGGACAUUCAGGUUCGCGUGAGGGUAAUCCAGGCUCGACAACUACCGGGAGUCAACAUCAACCCGGUGGUCAAGGUUACGGUGGCUGGACAGAGCAGGAGGACGCGCAUCCGUAGAGGGAACAAUCCAACUUUUGAUGAGACUUUCUUCCUGAACUUCUUCGAGACGCCGUCCGACUUGUUUGACGAGCCCAUCUUCAUCACGGUGUGCGAUUCGCGCUCCCUCCGAACGGACGCCGUCAUCGGAGAAUUCAAGCUGGACUUGGGCGUCAUCUACAGCGAGCACCGACACUGCUACUUAAGGAAGUGGUUACUCCUCUGCGACCCUGAUGACCUGUCUGCUGGGGUCAAAGGUUAUCUCAAAGUCAGCCUGUGGGUGUUAGCCGCUGGAGAUGAGCCACCGGCGGACAAGCGCGAUUGCGUGGAGGACAAAGAGGACAUCGAGGGAAACUUGCUGAAGCCCGCUGGUCUGUCCCUCAGAGCGGCGGCCUUUACCUUGAGGGUCUUCAGAGCUGAAGACCUUCCACAGAUGGAUGAUGCCUUCAUGGACGGGAUGAGGCAGGUUUUCGGAUUUGACAGCAAUAGGAAGAACCUGGUGGAUCCGCUGGUGGAGAUCCAUUUUGCUGGGAAAACAGUCUGCACAAAGGUUCUGGAGAAAAACGCCAAUCCACAAUGGCACCAGAGUCUCACAAUGCCAAUUCGGUUUCCAUCCAUGUGUGAGAAGAUGAGGAUCCGACUUCUUGACUGGGAUCGGGCAAGUCACAAUGAUGUCAUUGGCACCGCCCACCUCUGCAUGUCCAAAAUCUCCGCCCCUGGAGGCGAGAUUGAGGACGACUUGACCCCACGGAACGUCCUCUCUGGCAUGGACGACACGCUUGGAUUCUUGCCCACGUUCGGUCCGUGUUUUGUCAACUUGUACGGCAGUCCCAGAGAGUUCAGCACCUUCAAUGACCCCCAUGAAGCGUUGAACCUCGGAAAAGGGGAGGGCGUAGCCUACCGAGGUCGGGUCUUGCUGGAGCUGACCACAAAGCUGGUGGACAAACCGGAGUCCAAAAAUGAAGACAUUUCAUCGGACGAUCUGCUCGUAGUUGAAAAGUUCCUGAGGAAGAGGAAGUUCUCUCUCUUCGUGGCGUUUUACUCCGCCACGCUUCUCCAGGACGUUGACGACGCCGUCCAGUUCGAGGUCAGCAUCGGUAAUUACGGCAACAAGUUCGACUACAGCUGUCUUCCGCUGGCCUCCACCACGCAGUUCAGCAGGGCCGUGUUUGACGGUUGUCACUACUAUUACCUACCUUGGGGAAACGUGAAGCCGGUCGUCGUUCUGUCGUCGGCGUGGGAAGAUAUCGCUCCGAGGAUCGAGGCGCUCAACAUGCUUUUGGCUGCUCUCGACAGACUGGAGGCUAACCUGCGACGAGUGCAGCUGGAAAUGAAAGCGGGAAGCGAGAUGGAUGAGCUGGAACUGCGAGUGGUGGAGCUGUUAGAUCAGGUGAUCGCAGACUGCAGUCAAGAGCUACCCUCUCUCGAGCGCUGGCCGUGCGCGACCCCUCUGGACCGCUCACUCCGACACAUCCGCACCCUGCAUCUGCAGCAGAUAACAGUGGCGGCGCUGGCCCUCAAACACGGACCGGCGACGGAACUUUCCACCGUCAUGGAGCAGGCGGAGGAUUGGGCCGUCCGGUUGAGGAGCUUGGCAGAGGAACCCCAGAACAGCCUCCCUGAUAUCGUGAUCUGGAUGCUGCAGGGCGAGCGAAGGGUGUCGUACUACCGCAUUCCGGCGCACACCGUCCUCUACUCCGAACGCCACAGCGGCAAACACUGUGGACAGCUGCAGACCGUAUUCCUUAAAUAUCCACAAGGGGGCGGCGGGGAGGCCAAACUUCCUGGUCAGCUCAGGGUUAAAGUGUGGUUCGGACUGGCAGCUGACGACAAACACUUCAACUUGUACGCUGAGGGAAAACUCUCCGUGUUCGCAGAGACGUACGAGAAUCAGACCCGGCUCGCCCUUGUGGGAAGCUGGGGAACUACAGGUCUCACUUGCCCCAAGUUCAGUGACGUGACGGGACGGGUGAAACUACCCAAAGAGAGUUUCAAACCCUCGCCUGGUUGGACGUGGGCCGGGGACUGGUACAUAAGCCCGGAAAGGACACUACUGUUUGAUGCGGACGCCGGUCACAUGACCUACACGGAGGAAGUCUUUGAAAACCAGAUGAGGUUACCUGGUGGACAGUGGAUUGGCAUGCCCGAGGGAUACACCGACGUGAACGGGGAAAAGGCCGUGCCGAAAGACGACGUGGAAUGUCCUCCGGGCUGGGUGUGGGAGGAGCCAGAGUGGUGCGAAGACCUCAACAGGGGCGUGGACGAUCACGGCUGGGAGUACGGCAUAACCGUGCCACCAGACCGCCGACCCAAGUCGUGGGUCCCGGCGGAGAAAAUGUACCACACCAACCGGCGAAGACGGUGGAUGCGCAUGAGAAGGCGGGAUCAGCAGAAGAUGGAAGCUCUUAAAAAGCAGCGCCCGGACGAGGCAGCGUGGGAAGGCUGGGAGUACUCCUCGUUGUUCGGCUGGAGGUUCCACCUCAAGCCCAGGAAGACCGACAGCUUCCGGAGGCGCAGGUGGAGGUGCCGAAUGGAGCCCCUGGAGAAAACGGGCCCGGCGGCCAUCUUCGCUCUUGAGUGCUCCCUGAGCAGCAUAGAAGACAAGCACGACGACAAGUCCAUCACAACCACCUUCGGAGUUAACAGACCCACCAUUUCCUGCUUCUUUGAGCGGGGCACCCGCUAUCACCUGCGCUGCUACCUGUAUCAAGCUAGGGACCUGAUCGCCAUGGACAAGGACAGCUUUUCCGACCCCUACGCCAUCGUGUCUUUUCUUCAUCAGUCCCAGAAGACCGUAACAAUACGAAACACCCUCAAUCCCACCUGGGACCAGACGCUCAUCUACUACGAUGUGGAGAUUUUCGGGGACACCGAGGCUGUGAUGUCCAGCCCCCCACAUGUGGUGGUGGAGCUUUAUGACCAGGACACAUACGGAGCAGAUGAGUUCAUGGGUCGCUGCGUGUGCUCGCCUUCGCUGAGCCGCUCGCCCCGUCUGGCCUGGUUCCCGAUCCGUCUCGCCGAUAAGGACGCCGGUGAACUGUUGGCGGCUUUUGAGCUCAUACGCCGGGACAAGCCAGCAAUUCACCACGUUCCAGGGCUUGAGGCCGACAUUGUUACCGCCAGCCAUGUUCUAGAUGAGUUGACGUUCCCGGGAUUUCUCUCUGACAGCGUGCAGCCGUGGUCGGAGGAGGCGGACCUUCCGUGCCUUCCCCCUCAGAGGGAGCCCAAUGUCUUCGUGGUGCCUCGCGGGAUUAAACCUGUCCUGCAGAGAACUGCCAUCGAAGAAAGUGUGUUGGCGUGGGGCGUUCGGAACCUUAAGAGCUUCCAGUUGGCCAGCGUCACUUCUCCGAGCCUGCAGGUAGAGUGCGGCGGCGUCACGGUCCAAAGCUGCGUCAUCCGCAACGUCAAAAAGAAGGCCAACUUUGACGUCAACACCCUCUUCCUCGACGUGAACCUGCCCCUCGAAGAGCUCUACAUGCCACCCCUUGUGAUCAAGGUCAUCGAUAACCGGCAGUUUGGUAGGAAGCCUGUGGUGGGCCAAUGCACCAUUCGUUCCCUGGAGGGGUACCGCUGCCCCCCCGGGGAGGAGGACGAGGAGCCGGAGGACAGUGCUCGGGCGGAGGCGGGCAAAGGCAGAGGUCGGAUGCCCCGCGUGGUCAGCGGCGAUGCCUUCAUCACCGUCGACGACGAGGAGCCGCUCAUCUCGCAUCAGCUUGCAGACGGAGGCAAUUCUGCUAUCAUUAAUCUCUCGGCAUCUAGCUGCAGCCUGCACGAAGAGGAGUUAAUGGACUGGUGGAGCAAGUUUUAUGCCUCCACAGGAGAAACCAACAAGUGCGGGAUGUACCUGGAGCAAGGCUCGGACACCCUGCAGGUCUAUGACAGAGAAUUGGAGAAAGUCGAAGCUUUUGAGGGUCUUUCGGAUUUCUGUCAAACCUUCAAACUGCGGCGAGGAAAGACACAAGGGGAUGGUGAAGAUCCUUCAGUGGUUGGUGAAUUCAAGGGUAUGUUUAAGAUCUACGCCCUUCCAGACGACCCCUUGGCCCCCGCGCCGCCACGAAAGUUCAGGAAGCUGCCUCCCAACGGGGUAGAGGACUGCCUGGUCCGAGUCUAUGUCGUCCAGGCUCGGGGACUUCAGCCUAAAGACGCCAGUGGCAAGUGCGACCCCUACGUGAGGAUCACACUCGGGAAGAAAACCAUCAACGAUCAAGAAAACUACAUCCCCUGCACACUGGAGCCUGUUUUUGGAAAGAUGUUCGAGCUAAGCUGUUCCCUCCCCCAGGAGAAGGACCUGCGGAUUUCGCUGUACGACCACGACGUUCUGACCAAAGACGAGAAGAUUGGUGAGACGGUCGUCGACUUGGAGAACCGCUUACUGUCCAAAUUCGGAGCCGGUUGCGGUCUGCCGCAGUCAUACUGCAUCUCGGGUGUGAACCGGUGGCGGGACCAGUUUACGCCCAGAGAGCUUCUGUCCAGUAUAUGCGAGCAGCAGAACCUACCAAAGCCUGUCUACCACAGAGAGACGGUCCUCUUUAGAGGGGUGCAGUAUUUUGCCUCCGAUCUGGACGGACACCAGUGCCAACGUCACCUGGGCCCGAUCGAAGAGCGUCUUUCACUACAUAUUCUAAGGCAAAUGGGUCGAGUGCCAGAACACGUUGAGACCCGAGCUCUGUAUAACCCGCUACAGCCCGACAUUGAGCAGGGACGCCUGAUGAUGUGGGUGGACCUGUUUCCCAAGUCUCUGGGACCACCCGGACCCCCCUUUAACAUUACACCACGCAAGGCCAAAAAGUUCUUACUGCGCUGCAUCAUCUGGAACACCAGCGACGUCAUCCUGGACGACAUUAGCGUCACUGGAGAGAAGAUGAGCGACAUCUACGUGAAAGGCUGGCUGGACGGGCACGAGCACAACAAGCAGAAGACGGACGUCCACUACCGCUCGCUGGACGGGGAAGCCAACUUCAACUACAGAUUGGUCUUUCCUUUCCUCUACUUGCCGGCCGAGCAGCUCUGCGUCGUGGACAAAAAGGAACAUUUCUGGAACCUGGGUAAAAGUGAAACUAAACUAGCUCCCAGGCUGACCAUUCAGGUGUGGGACAACGACAAGUUCUCCUUCGACGACUACCUUGGUCACCUGGUGACGGACCUGAACCGCAUGAUACGUCCCGCUAAGUCGCCUGAAAAGUGCGACCUGCGUCUGCUGGAGCAGCCGGCCGACCGGCGGGUGUCUCUCUUCGAGCAGAGGACCGUCAAGGGUUGGUGGCCCUGCGUCCGCGACCAGGACGGAGAGAAACUACUCGCGGGGAAGGUGGAGAUGUCUCUGGAGGUAGUGACAGAACAAGAAGACGAGGAAAGACCAGCCGGACUAGGCCGAGAUGAGCCCAACAUGAACCCCCAUCUGGAGGAACCUCGGCGUCCCGAGACGUCCUUCCUGUGGUUCUCGUCGCCCUACAAGACGAUGCGCUUUAUCCUGUGGAGACGCUUCAAGUGCUUCAUUGUCCUUUUCUUCAUCCUCUUCCUCGUCCUCCUCUUCCUCGGCGUCUUCCUCUACUCCUUCCCGAACUACGCCGCCAUGAGGAUGGUCGGCCCGUUCGGACCGGCCCGAGUAUCCGAGUAA